CUUUUUUUCAUACCAUCGUCACAAAGGGGUAUUAUCAAGCAUAUAAAACCCGCCCACCCAUACAUGACCACCCAACCCAAGUAGCAACCUGCGCCGCCAAAAUACCUCCUGCCAGUCCACACCGUCUGUCAACACCUCGUUAAACAUUAAAUCCAUCACAAAUACAACCAAACAUCGUUAUGCCUCGGAGAUUCUCACCACCUCACAGAGCGCUCGCAGUAAGAGCACAUCCACCUCGCCCGACUCAUCAUGCACCUCCCUCUCCCUGAUAAGAAGCGUGGUGGCAUCUCCGCCACUCUCAACUCCUUGCAAGUCACCCGCCUCGGUCUUCUUCAGUGUCGAAACAAGCAACGCAAUACAUUUGGCCAGCCCAGCGUGUAUUUCUCGCAUUCCGGAGGCCACGGCAUUGUUGCCAUUGCUGUUGCUGUUGUCGUUGCCCUCCAACCCAGAAGCAGUGCUGCCUCUCGAUUUGAGCGAGCCUCUUGCAUGACUAUCCCGGCUCAGAAAUCUGUGCGAUCUGCUGCGUCGGUGAUGCGGACCGCUGCUAGGUGUUGUUGGUCUGUUGUUAUGGGCGUUAUCAUCCUGCAUGCCGAGGACACUGGCUGCCUUCUUGGGCACUCUGGUUUUGCUAUUUGGGUCGUCAGAAGACGAGCCAGAAGGACGAUGGCCCGCUGAUCCUGGCGCUUGUUGGCGUAGUGAUGACACUGGAAGUGGGGGGCGUAACGUGCUAAUGUAGUUGUAGGCCAGUACGUGUGCGUAGAGAGCAUCACAGAGGUAGUCAGAUCCGAAAGGGAAAAUAGCCCUGAUGGGCCUCCAUGAAGCCUCUGUAGUCUUCCUGUGAGACCGAACUUGUCCAAGAGCAUCGACAUCCUCCGAGCCUCCAGAGAGCAACUGGGUUUGUUGGCGUCCGUGUUGUUGAUGUUUAGUAAGCUUAUGACUUUGUCCGAACCAAUUCAGCUUCCACUUCCUUGAUGGCCACGGCUUCAGGCUGUUGCCCCCGGAGGAAAACAAUGACUGAUAGUCGCUCAUGAAGUCGCAAUCUGGCAUUCCUCCGUGCCGAAAUUUUCUCGAAUAUGUCCGGAUAUUGUCGACUGUCAGACUGGAGGUAGUGAGCAUCGUUUCUGGGAAACAAGAGACCGAAACCCGCAGGACCUCGAGUACGUCGGGCGGCAGAGGAAUGCCGGGUGUUGUGUAUGACGUCGUUGAAUGCGUGGUGUGUUGGAUCUCCUGGAUAUUGGUAGCUGGGCCACCAGAGGUCCUUCCGUUGAGAGAAUGCGUGUGUGGCUUGGUCUGAACUGGCUGAUCAUAGACACCUGUCGCGCGUAUUUCCUCGUCGUUAUCCGAAAAGACAUUUUCGCUGAGAUUGUCAGGAAAGAAAGCGUCGUUUGACCGGCAAGCGUGCACGUGGCCAUUGCCAUCUCGACCCCUUGAAGGCGGACGUGAACUCUCCCCAUAUCUCUCAUCAUUUCGAGGCCCAAGCACUUGCAUGCUAGCAGAAGGUGCCAACUGCCCCACCGACGUCCUCCGGAGAAUUUCAUGAUUGCUCGGCGCCACUGAACUACCCGACAUUGUGCGAACGUGGCCCCUAUUAAGUGACGACUUUCGUUUGGGGAUGGCAGUAGGCGGAAUGUUGACUAACCGUGGCCUCUCUCGAACCAACUGACUGAUUUGACUGCUGGGCGUGCAAGGUCGCUCGUAAGAGUUGGGGCUGUUCGGACGAAGGUGAUAGGCAAUAGCUUCGGUAUGUCUUUUCAUCCCGUCGUUGUAGGAAAACGAGUUGACUUCACUACUGUGUCCGCCAGUAAGACUCUGGACAUCUUGGGACGGCCCCUGGAUUCUCGAGCUGAUGGUGGCGUCACCCUCCCCGUCCGCAUCGAACCAAGUUCCAUGAUGGUUCUGGGCCAUAGCUGGUGAAGAAGGUGGCGUGGAGGGGGAAGAUUGCGAGUGGGCUUUCUGUGAGAAUGACGAAGAGCGUCGACCGGAUACUGAGGUAGCUGCUGUGGUGACUGAAUGCCCUCGCACCCGAAUGGAGGGCGGCGGGUCCAUGCCGCUGGAUGCCAUGCUCAAGGAGUCGGUAGACUCGCUUCUGCCCCCUGCGUGCUCCUCAUCGCCAUGUUCAUCUUCGCUGGAUGUUGCAAAAGCGGCAGACGGGCAGCCAGCAGUCAUGGACUUUGUCCUAAACACAACUUCAGAGGUCUCGAGGUCCCGCACGAGCAUCUCGGGGAAGUUGCAGUCGGCCAGGGGUUCAUUAUGGAUGAGGUCCAUCUCGUUGGUACUGGCUGAAGAACAGAUCGACUCUGCAUUGGACGUGGUGGACGAAUCCAUGGGAUCGGUGGGUGUCUGCGUCUGCAAAGUUGGGGAGAGAGUCAAGGGAAAAAGUAUUUUCAUGCUCGAGACUGAUCGCCGGGGGGGAGGCCCCUGUGCAGACGAUCCGAGACUGGAGCUCCUCGUGUGCGUGCUCGUGUGUGUGCUCCUGCUUCUUGCCCUGCUUCGUGCCCUGCCCUUGGUAACGCUUGCCUGGUACGGAGCGUGCUCGUGCGUUAUGAAGCUGCGGGAGGCAGGAACCAGUGUAACCGCCAAUUCGGGGUCCGACAUGGAAGUCGCAGGGGAGCCAAGCGGUGGUCGGCGAUGGGAGUAGGAGAGGCGAGAGCUACGUGGUCCUGGCCCUGGACCACGUCUCGUAUAAGUCUUGAUGGGCACCCAUCAUGAGGUGGUCGAUACAAUGCAACCGUGCCUGCCGUCGGGAAGCACCUUUUGCACCACAUACCACAUACUACGUGGAAAAGAAAGCAAAGAUUCCAGAUUGAGACAGGUCACAAUGGAGAUAUGACGACUAGACUCGGAGACCGGACUGUGGGUUCAUGCUGCCCAUCUGUCGGCUUCCCGAACAGGUUCAGUUGCCAGCUGAGAUACGGCCUUGCGUCUAUCUGAUGCAGGGGGCGCCAGUCCAUGAAUUGCUUCAGAUCAAAACAUGCAGCGCUUCUCUUCCGUCAUUGGCGCUGUCUGUCGGGUGACUGGUGGCAGAUAGAUGGCUGGUGCUAUCUCCCGUCAGUGGCCAUGUCAGAUGCAUCCUCCAGAAAAGCAGGAUGCUGCUGCAAGCCGACAAUGAAGAGCUGCAUGAGCCGUGGCUUACCUAUGCCAAAUCAGACUGGCGAAAGGGUGCAUGAAGGCAUAAAAAAGGCAACGAUCACCGCGCAAAAAAAAAAAAGAAAAGAAAAGAGACUCUGAUCAUAAAAUCCAGAUCUUUGAGUUGAGGGUUGCAAACCGACGAGACGAAAUAUACACAUCCAAACACAUCAUUCAGAUGAACUAAACCCCCAGACUGAAAACCGCGAUUCAGGGUUACAGCGCUUACCCCCGCACCCGUGAACCCCCCAGACGAACUUCCUUUGCGGCUGAGAUCGACACGGAAUCGACUGGGGAUCCUGGGUGCCUGGGUCCCUGAGAUCCCCCACAGAGGUCAGUGCGCCUUCGUGGCGCUAAAUUCCCGAAGCUGCUGCUGCGCUAAAAGGUAGCAGGCAUGGGAAAAGCAAGCAAAAAAAAAAAAAAAAAAAAGAAUAUGGGCAAAAUUUCAACCUCACAGGGCGACGGAUAUCAUACUGAUCACCACCCCACACACGUCAAUAGUGGCGUCCGAUGUUCAAAAAUAUCUCCAUCUUGCGGCCGGUUCACUGUUGCUUUUUUCUUUCCUGAUUCCGUGGUCUGAUCCGGGGCGAACCAAGGGCGUGAUUGUCUCACGGCGAUACACAAGUGGGUUCGUGCUACCAGCUGCACUCACCGGCCGGAAUUUCAACUGACGGCUGCCCGUCAUUUGGCGUCACUCGAGACCGCAAGAACUGGACGACGUUAUUUCCCAUCGUGGUUGGCUCGUUGCGCAAUUCUCUGAAACGGCUGCCCGGUUCUGGUGUGGGACGGGAAGGAAAACGAGAAGCAGCUCACCGACACAACGAGGUCGACGCAAGGGGAUAGACCUCUCUUGCUUCCACCAGAGAGAAAGGGGAAGAUGCUGUCGGAAGAAUUUGUGUCGGCCAUCUGCGGCCCUCCGCUCUCAUCCAACACUGCCAUCUCCAAAGAUAUCGGCAUCUACACUCAUACUCUGAGCCCAGCUUAUUCCAUCAAGUCGACCUUCAAAAAGAGUUCAGUUCCAGUGAACUGUCUUGCUGUGAGCGAGACGCAUGUGUUCGCUGCGCAGGAGGGCAAAGCUUACGUGCACGUCUACUCGAGGUUACGUGGAAACCAGGAGGCAUUUGUUGCCUUUCCAGAAAGGAUACGAUGUGUAACCUUGUCCGGCGAUGUUCUCAUCAUGGGGACAGCUGAAGGGCGUCUCAUGUUAUGGGAGACAUGCACUGGCCGACUAGUGUCGACUCCUGCGCGCCACGUUCAGGCAGUUUCCUGCGUGGUUGCCACGCCCACGCACAUUCUCACAGGUUCUGAUGACUCCGAUAUCCAUGUGUGGUCCAUGUCCCAGCUUCUGGAGCUGGACUCAGCCGCCGAACCGGAACCGGAGAGGAGCCUUUCCAACCACAGGGCAGGCAUCACGGCCCUGUCCGCAAACUCAAGUGUUAGUGCCAGCACAAACUUCUGCGUGUCAGCAAGCAAGGACAAGUCUUGCAUCAUUUGGAAUUACCAAACAGGCGACGCCCUGCGGACCCUCAUCUUUCCCAAGUUUCCUCUGUGCGUCUCCUUAGACCCCUCAUCACGGGCUGUUUGCGCGUCCUGCGAGGACGGCACACUUUUCGUCACAGAACUGUUCGGGGAGAAGCCUCUGCUCGGGCCGUCAUCAGAAGAGGCAUCGACUGUGAUACAAAUCGAGUCACCUUUGGGGGUAACUCCACCAGAGCUCGGGCCGGCCUCUUGCUUGAGUAUGAGUUAUGACGGGACAGUCAUUCUUACGGGCCAUCCAAGAGGUCAGAUCAUGAGGUGGGACAUCUCGGAAAAGAACAAGACGCCGGUAGAGUUGGCCAAUGUCAACGCGGCCGUCACAAAUGUUGUAUUUGUUUCGCCAUUCCCAACGGGCAAACCCACCAAGACAGUACAUAUCGUCAAGCCUUCGCAAGCAGAGCGGACAUACACCCUUGCGGCCCAGCUUGACCCUUUAGCAACCCCCGAGUCCAGAUUUGACUCGCUCUUGCACGCUACCGGGUUUCCGAAAGAAGCCCUGGAAAGCGCGAUUGCCGCGUUCGAACAGCCAGACGUGGAAUUCGCAGAGAAAGAGGAGGAGGAGCUUCAGAAGCACAAUCAAGAGUUCUGGGAGAUCAUGAAGGACGAAAGGAUAGUACAAAAGGACGCUUUCAGGAUAGGGCCCGUUUAG